CAUCCCAAGGAACCUCACAAAGCUCUCCUAAGAGGAUUUUGCUGUGCUUUUCUCACAACAGUUUUAGUGAACCUAAUCUAGCCUCCUCCUCCUCCCAGCUCCCAAGUGAGGGGCCCCAGCCUGAUUUUCCCACUGCACACCGGCUCAGGAGGAAAUGGAAGGGCUUAAGGGUCCGAGACCCCGUGGAUGAACUGCUGCUGAAGGUGCUGACAUCCCAACAGGCCAUGGAAGAGAGAUUCCUGCAUCUGGAGGAGCGGCGGGUGCAGCUAGAACAGCGGCGCCUAGAGUUGGAGCGGGAGCACGAGUUCCGAAUGUUUGGUGUAUUUGCCCAGAUGCUCAGCAUCCUCAAGGAGGGAAGUGGGGCCGCUCCUGGCCCAGCAGCCCCAAUGCCCUGGCAGGGCUUGGGCUUGGCCCCUGACUACCCCAGGGGAGCCAGAAUGCCCCAGGGACCAGAGCAGAUGUCUGGGGUCUUCUCUGAGCUGAGUGACCCUGGAACCAAACACCUUCAGGGAAGUGCGUACCUCUCCAACCGAGGGAAUGACAUCAAAUUCAAACGUGGUGUCACUGAGGAGUACAUUGAAGCCUACUUCGCGGACAAAUACGACGAAGACGAAAACCCCAAUGGCAUCAUUAACUUUGGGAUCAGUGAAAACAAGCUCUGCUUUGAUCUGUUGUCCAAACGGCUGACUCAGAGUGAUAUGCAUCACAUUGAACCUCCUUUACUGCAGUACUCAGGCUGGAGGGGACACAUGUUUCUUCGUGAAGAAAUGGCCCGGUUCCUGACCUACUACUGCAAGGCUCCCACUCCACUCAAACCGGAAAAUGUAACCCUCUUCAAUGGCUGCAUCUCUGUCUUCUCAGGACUGGCCACAGUUCUGUGCGACCCUGGGGAGGCUCUUAUGAUCCCUACUCCCUUUUAUGGUGAAAUCAGCAAGAGUAUCUACCUCUAUGGGAACGUCCAGCUGGUCUUUGCUCACCUGGACAGCAAGAUCACAGAAACCAACACCCGCCCCUUCCAACUUACUGUAGAGAAACUGGAGAUGGCCUUGCAGGGAGCCAGGUCUGAGGGGGUGCGCGUCAAAGGUCUCAUUCUCAUCAACCCCCAAAAUCCAUUGGGUGACAUCUACUCCCAAGGAGAGUUGCUGGAAUACCUGGAGUUUGCCAAGAGGCAUGAGCUGCACAUCAUCCUGGAUGAGCUCUAUAUGCUGUCAGUGUUUGAUGAGUCGGCCACAUUCCACAGUGUGCUGAGCAUGGACAGACUGCCAGACCCUCAAAGGACCCAUGUCAUGUGGGGAACCAGCAAGGACUUUGGAGUAUCUGGGAUCCGCUUUGGUGCGCUCUACACAGAAAACAGGGAUGUAUCCAGUGCCGUGGCCAAGCUCUACUUCUUUCAUGGCAUCAGUGGCAUCACCCAAUACCAGAUGGCUCAGCUGCUGCGGGACCGUGAUUGGAUUAAUCAAGUUUACCUGCCAACUAAUCACUCCCGGCUCAAGGCUGCCCACACCUACAUCACAGAUGAGCUGAAAACCCUGGGCAUCCCUUUCCUCAACCGCAAUUCUGGCUUAUACAUUUGGAUAGACCUUAGGAGGUACCUCCACAUGGACACCUUUGAGGAGGAGCUGUUGCUAUGUCGACGUUUCCUGGAUAACAAAGUACUGCUGUCCUGUGGCAAGGGUUUCCAGUGCUUUGAGCCUGGCUGGUUCCGUCUCGUCUUCACCGACAAGAUCCACCGGCUGCGGUUGGGAAUGCAAAGGAUCCGGCAAGCCCUAGGGCAGCAGGCCCAGGAGCUGCAUCAGAAGUUAUCUGUGCCCAGGCAGCUUCCGGAGCAGGAAGGCCGGGCAGAUGGCACCGAAGAGGCAGUGUUUGUCCCCAGGCAGCAGGGGCCAAUGGGUGUCACCAAGACGAGGGACCUGUUCGGGCUACAUCAUCAACAGACACGCUCAUCUGCCUGGAUGCAGAAGGGUUCUCUGGAGCAGUUGACCCCAGAGCAGCCGGGGGCCUUGGAUGUGCUUAACAAGCUAGCCGAUAAACAGUAGGGGCCCACAUGUGAGGGGCUGGGCAGAGUGAAGGGAAAAAGCCUCUAUUGGAUCUAGGGAGCAUCCCAUUGCAAACAGGAAUGAAGGAGGUCUUUGCCUGAGCCAGCCUCAGGAGCCUUCUGAAGAAUAUAGAUCUAUCCCGAGCUCCCUCUCUCCUUGUUUGCAAGAUGGGCCACUGUUUGUUCAGGAGCUAAUGGGGUGUGUUGGUUUGGGGAGCGGUCACUCUCUUCUCCAUGGCUCUUCCAAGGGGGUGGGACUUUUGGAAGUGGGGUGAGGGGUCAGGCCUUGUGCCCCAGUCUUCUUUCCUAAGUAACU